AUGUUUCGCACUUAUUUCGUCUUCCUAGGAUCCGGAUUCUUGAACGAAACUGCUAUUAGUAAUGGAGCCGGCCGAAGCGGCGCAUUUCUGGCUCUCGACGCGAAUUUGGAGCUGAUGAAGAAGACCGGCCAGUUGGAUUUGUUCGAAUACGCGAAAACGCUCGUCAACUCUCGACCCCAUCUCAUCGACAGCGUCGAACAAUACAUUUUCAUCUACGAGGUUUUGGCAGAGGCGGUUAUGUGUAACGUGCAACCCAUCGAAAUGCAUCAACUCAAAGAGAGAUCGAGUAUGUACAAAGCGAAAAAGAAUCGCGAGUUGCUUGAGAGUCAGGAGUCGCAUGAGAACAAGCUUCUGAUGCAUUUGACGCCGACGCUAAGGAUUGGCGAUUGUGCCGGCGGGCAUCGUCUCGAGAAUCGCGGAAAGAAUCGCGAUGUGAUGGUGGUGCCGCCCGAUCAUGCUCGACCCUAUCUGCAGACGCUUCACGGCGAGAGCAAGGAUUACACCUACAUCAACGCCGUUGAGGUUGAUGGAUUCACGCGCAAAGGCGAAUUCAUUGUGACGGAAUGGCCGAAGCAGAGCACAAUCGACUCGUUCUGGACGCUCGUCUAUGAUCACGCGUGUCAUACCGUGGUGAAUCUAAGCAAUCAGGGCAAUCAGCGGCAAUUUCCAACGUUCAUUCAUAACAAGGGCAAGGCCAACUACGGGCCAUUCAUUGUCGAAAUCAUGAACUACCAUCAGUAUCCGGCGAUGACGUCGCAUAUGGUGAAAGUGAUGAAGCGGGUCGAUCCGCCGAACGCGUCGCGUCCCGCCGCGAAAAUCGUCACCCUUGAUGGUGUGCCAGGCUAUCAGACGCGUCCCGACAUUGCACCGGGCCAAUCGUUUCGCUUCAAGCCGAUGUAUCGCGGUCGGUUCCGGAAUCGGGACGACGCGUCUGAUGAUGAUGAUGAUGAUGAUGAUGAUGAUGAUAGGCUCCUGGCGGCGACGACGUCGCCACGCGUGCCCCAAAAAUCGGCGAGCAAUCAAUAUUUGAAAUUGCCGCCGCGUGGCGCGACGACACACAAGCGACGGAGUCGAUCCGCCGAGCAUUUCGCCGAUGAUCCAUUCAAAGAGCCCCACCAGGUUCCACCCAUGAAGGUCAACCCUGAGGGUAAGGGAGGGGUGUCGAAACUAACGUUCAUGAUCAGCGACAUAAUGGCGUCGGGUGCGCAGAAUCAGCAAAUCGACGCCGAAGUUCGAAUAUGUUGUGUCAUACAGGUUCGAAUGUGGCCCAUUGAGAACAAGGUGCCGUUGUCCACCACAGGUCUUAUUGAUGUGAUCAAGAUGGCUAGAAGCUGGAGGAAACGCGCUCCAGAUCGGCCCGAGACCAAACCGACCAUUGUCAUGUCACACAACGGAGUUUCGCGCGUCGGCGUCUACAUCGGCGCCAACAUCUGCAUCGAUCAAAUGGACAUCGAUCAUGAGGUCGACGUGUUCCACGCCGUCAAAAUGAUGCGAAUCAAUCGGCCGCAGCUGAUCGACAUGAAGGAUGAGUACAAGUAUUUGUACGACGUCAUGCUUCAUUGGUACAUGACGAAUCCCGCCUAUCGAAUAUAUGACAAAGAGGAUAGUGAAGACGCCGACAGUCAUAAAACGUCGAGGCCGUCGUCGAAUAGGCAUUCGCUCAAGGAGAAGUCGUCGUUUAGAAGCAAAUUUUCAUUUCGCCGCCGCAACACCAAAUCGAAUCACGAUGCUCAUAAUGCCGUCGAGCCGCUCAACAAUCAUAAAUAA